UUAUCUGCCAUAUAAAUUAGUUGACAGCCAUAAUACGGGAUUGACAGCUGUGAUUCAAAUAAUUUCUGUUGUAAAGUUAGUUUAGUUGUGCAAGAAAAUGUGAAAAAUGGAAAUAUUUGAUAUAAUUGAAGACGAAUUAGAUGAUUUUAUGUAUCGUUUAAAUAGACCGAGAAGGAAUCCUGUAUUUCGACAACGCAUUAAUUAUAUGCAAGCCUUGGAUGACACGGACUUUAGGAUAAGAUUUCGCCUUACUAAACAUGCUGUAAAUUACGUAUUUUUAUUAAUUGUAAACCAAAUUUCUUCCACCACAGAAAGGAAUUAUGCUAUAUCACCAAUUAAUAGAUUAUUGUUGACAUUAAGAUAUUAUGCAACUGGAAGUUUUCUCAAUGUUGUAGGUGAUUUUACUGGUACAAGUAAAGCAUCUGCUAGUCGGAUUGUGAACAUGGUCUCCCAAGCAAUUGCAAAAUUAGGACCACAGUUUAUUAAAUUCUCAGAUGUUAUUAAAUUACAACAAGAGUUUUAUGAUAUAGCAAGAUUUCCAAGACUUGUUGGUGCCAUUGAUUGUACUCAUGUACCUAUAAAAUCGCCAGGUGGUGAUAGUGCUGAGAAUUAUCGGGACAGAAAAUCUCAAUUUUCUUUUAAUGUUCAAACUGUGGUCAGUGCAAAUUUGAAAAUAAUGGAUAUUGUAGCUAGAUGGCCUGGAGCAGCUCAUGACCAAACUAUAUUUAAUAAUUCCAAGAUAAAACAAAGGUUUAUGAAUAAAGAAUUUGGUAAUAGUCUGAUUGUUGGCGAUAAGGGUUAUGAAAAUACAUUCUAUCUUUUAACACCACUCCAAAAUCCAAUUACACCUGCAGAACAUCUUUAUAAUGAAUCACAAAUAAGAAGCAGAAAUGUUGUGGAACGGACCUACGGUGUAUGGAAAAAUAGAUUUCCAGUAUUAUCUAAAAAAAUUAUAUUAGAUGUUUCUCGUGUCCAACCUAUAAUUGUGGCCUGUGCAGUUUUGCACAACAUUGCAAUUGAAAUGAAAGAUGAUCAUUUCGAAGAACAAAUAUUUGAUCAUUUUACAGAAACAGAAACCGAAUUAAAUAGAAACAUUCAAGAUGACAAUGUAAGAAACCAUUUAAUUAAUGAUUACUUUGCAUCUUUGUUAAGAUAACUUUAAUUUCCUAAGAUUUUAUGGAUAUAAAAUAAAAUGUAGUAAAAUAUACAUAUAAAAGUA